AUAAGAAAAGCAAGUAAGAAUGAUUUGAGUUGGAUAUGGCAUGGUUGCCAGAAUGGAAGGAGAGGAUCUCCCUGAUGUACAGCCAGAUUUAGGAACAGGAGACAAGAAAAAACAGGUCGUAACUCAUUUAUGUGGAAGGGCGACAUGAUGUUUUGAAGUAUGACAGAAGUACUGAUGCUGUACCAGAGGCUAGAAAUAUUAAUGGCCAAAUCUAGCAAUCACAUGGUCUUCUAAAGAAGUCAUGGGUAGCUGUUGUAGCUGUCCAGAUAAAGAAGCAGUCCCUGAUAACCAUCGAAACAAAUUCAAGGUUAUUAAUGUGGAUGAUGACGGUAAUGAGUUGGGUUCUGGUAUAAUGGAACUUACAGACACAGAACUAAUCUUGUAUACCCGUAAACGGGAUUCUGUCAAAUGGCAUUACCUCUGUCUGCGCCGUUAUGGCUACGAUUCCAAUCUCUUCUCAUUUGAAAGUGGUCGACGAUGCCAAACUGGACCAGGAAUAUUUGCCUUCAAGUGUGCUCGUGCUGAAGAAUUAUUUAAUAUGUUGCAAGAGAUCAUGCAGAAUAAUAGUAUAAAUGUGGUUGAGGAGCCUGUAGUAGAAAGGAAUCCACAUCAAACAGAGAUGGACGUUCCAAGAACACCCCGCACACCUACCACACCUGGGUUGAGUGGGCAGAGUCUACCCAACGGGUAUCCAAGGUAUCCUUCCUAUGGAGAUGCUUCAUCACAUCCCUCCAGCAGACACCCUUCCGUAGGGAGUGCCCGUCUUCCUUCAGUAGGCGAAGAGUCAACACAUCCCUUGCUUGUAGCAGAGGAGCAAGUCCAUACAUAUGUGAAUACAACAGGUGUACAGGAGGAAAGAAAAAACAGGCCAAGUGUGCGUACACCUCUGGAGCGAAGGGUUUCUAAUGCAGAAACAAGCAAGGCAAGGGAAGAUGAAACUUGUCCAGAUGACAGAGAUGCCCAGGUUGUACUGGAACCUGAAGGAGUCAAAUUUGUUUUGGGUCCAACGCCUGUCCAGAGGCAGUUAAUGGAAAAAGAAAAAACUGAAUCCAGUGGGAACAGUACUCAAGGUGGUGGAAACAGUACUGAAACUAGUGCCAACAGUACUCAAGCUAGCGCAAGUAGUAACAAUGAAUGGGACACUGGGUACGACAGUGACGAACGCAAAGAAGUUUCCUCUGGUAACAAAAUAGCGUAUGAAAAUGUAAAUAGGUUGUCUAUCCCUGGUGCCCCAGGACUCAGGAGAGGUCGUCUGAUAUCAUCCAGUACCUCUGAUACCCAGAAUAUCAACAAUUCCGCUCAGAGGAGAACUGCAUUGCUAAAUUAUGAAAACCUGCCAUCUUUGCCUCCAGUUUGGGAAGCCCACAAGCUAAGUAAAGAGGAGGAUGACAGUUUAGGACCAAAGACACCGUCUCUGAAUGGCUAUCACAAUAAUUUAGACCCCAUGCAUAAUUAUGUCAAUACAGAGAAUGUGACGGUGCCAUCAAGUGCUCACAAAGUGGAAUAUGCAAGACGCCGGGACUGUACCCCAACGGUCUUUAACUUUGAUAUUAGGCGACCAAGUUCAGAACACAGGCAGCUCAAUUAUAUACAGGUUGAUUUGGAAGGUGGCAGUGACUCUGACAACCCUCAGACUCCAAAAACUCCUACCACGCCACUUCCACAGACUCCAACCAGGCGCACAGAGCUGUAUGCUGUGAUAGACAUUGAAAGAACAGCUGCUAUGUCAAGCUUGCAGAAAGCACUGCCACGUGACGACGGUACUUCUAGAAAAACUAGACAUAAUAGUACUGACCUGCCUAUGUGAGCCUGGAAAGCAUUAGUUAAAUCAUUUGCACCUUUUUGAAGUUUUUUUUUUAAAUGAAUGCUCUGUUUUGAUUUUUAAAUGCUACACCACAUGUUAUAGAUCGAUAGAUUUUUUCUGAAUGCUUCAUGUCAUGUGCUUAUUUAAAGGGAAUUUAAGAUAGAAAGAGUAUUGAAUAACACUGUUUCAUUUUACAAUGGUAGUUAACAGCUUUCAGACAGUGUAGCCAUCUUCUUAUAGUGCCUAUUGCAUUGGCUGAAAGUUGGAUAACAUGCCAGUUCUGGCAGACUUGGCCAUGUGCCUAAAGUCACUGAAGGCAUUAUGACACUUUUUUAAAUGCCUCCUGAAACUUCGUAUUAACAAGCAGGUCAGUAUUUUCUCUCAUAGCGUAGGCCCGUAGAUUCACAUAUUCCAGUUGAAUUUAUGGCAUCAUGUGGCAUCAACGAGAGAGAUUCUGGUCAGUUUGGGUUGAGCCAUAACAGGGUACAAAUUCCUUUUAUCUAGCAUGUGUGGGCUUAAUGAUGGUCUGGCACAUAAAUCAGUGCUUAGUUGAUGGGAGAGGAUGACAGGCAGCUGUCAUCCUCUAAAGCCCUUGCAGUAGGAGCAGCUUGUGACGGUCCUGCACUGUGUAAGUCUAUUAAUAAAGUCAAUUACUAAAUUUGAAAUUUUAAUACUGAGUAGAGUGCCAUUACUUACGAGUGGCUGACUUGGGAGGGAUGAAAUCAGCAGUUUCAUAAAUAUGUUAGAGUAUCAUUUAGCACUUGGUUUCAGUCCUUGAAAUAAUGACCAGAUGCACUUUAAAACCACUGACCAUAAAUCCAGCAGGUAGUAAUUUUUUUAAAAUGCUGUUUUGUCACAGAUUCAUUUGCACUUCAGAAAGACACUGUGUUGCAGUUCAAGGUUUUGUUUUUUGCUUUUGCUUUGUCAAAUCAAAAGUAGCAGUGACUAAUCUGAAGAAAGUGUACCAUUUAGCAGGGAAGUAAGAUAAACUCACACUUUUGUGUGUGUAAAGGUGGCAUAAGGAAUAUGGUAUGGUACUGUAUUGAUAAAGAGCUAUAAAUUGUUUUUGGCCAGGAUGCAGUGGAUGGCAUUCCUGACUUUACUUACUGCUGGAGCCCUCUUUGUCCCAUUAUGCCCCCCACCCCACAAAGGGCUGCUCCCAGAAACUUAUUGAGAGCAACAUCCCAUGCAGCUGAAAGAAAAAAAACAGCAACCGUUCCAUGUAGAUGCAGAAUCACUAUCUGCUGCGGUUGCAUAGAGCUCUUUGGAUUCCAACUUAGAUUUGUUUCUUCAGACCAUCCUGAGAAAAGAGCUUCAGGAUUGACUUGCCACUGUCGCAUGUGAGAGGUCACACCCGGGUUCUCUUUACGUCAGUGUUCCCUUUCAUCACAGUCUGAAAUUGGCCUUGGCUUAGAUCCACUACAGACUUCCAAGUGGCAGCUUCAGGUUUUUCCUGUACAGUUGUACAGAUAUUUGUGAAGUAAUUCGCAAUUACAUUUAAUGUAUGGUCAGAUCUUUCCAUUCUGUAAAAUGUCUUUGCUCUUUCUUGCUUUUCAUUUUGCGUCGCCAUCUCUCCUGUACAGCCUUUAAGUUGCAUACUGUUAAUUCUGUACAUAGCUCUUGUUCAUUGUAUUUUAUAUGUUUCCUUUUGUUCAAUUUCCAUGUUGUUAUGGGAAAGCUUUUGGGGAGGCCCACGUAUAAUAUUGUCCCUUAUCAGAAAGGCCUUCUUUACUUGCACAAAUGGAAUGGUGCAUUAUAGAUGUUUAAGUACAAACAGUUCCCUGGCACCUUAGAGAGGGGUGUAUAGAGAUGUGAGCAUGUAUUGGCUUCUUCCAGAUAACAUUUGCAGGUCAAUGUAGCAGUCAGAAUGCUGGGCUUGAGUAUACCUAUGCUUUACCAAAACAAGCCGGUAAAGUGGUUGUACAAGUAAUAGUUUGCUUGAGUUGGAUAAGGGCCACAGCUCAGUGGUAGAACACAUGCUUUGCUUGCAGAAGGUGCCAGGUUCAAUCCCUAACAUUUCCAGAUAGGUCUUGUCUGAAACCCUGCAUAGCCACUCCAGUUUGUGCUGUCAGUGCUGAGCUAGAUGGACCAAUAAUGUGACUUUUGGUAUAAGGCAGCUUCCUAUGUUCCUGUCUGCAUCUGGGUUCUGUGAAACAGAGACCCCAGUCCUAAACAUCUGCAAUGGGGUAUCUGCCUAGGAUUCUAAGCAUGAAAUCCUUUCAGUGCUGCCAUAAUGUGCCUUUUGUGAUAUGGUUCUGUUAUUGACAUCAGUGUGUUGCCAGCAGAGCAAGUCUUUGAAUGGAGGAGCUACUGAAUAUGUAGAGAAUAUCUGGAAGUAAUAUCUCUGGAUAUAUAAAUGUAACCCGUUUUGUUUGCUAGUUUAACUAUCACUGAAUAUUCCCAGUAUAUCUGGCAUCUGCUGAUCUUCCCUGGUAAAUUUAUCCAGUCGUCCCUCGGUUUCACAGUAAAAGAAGCUUGCAAAGCAACAUCACAGCAACACAGAGUAGCUGAGCCUGCAAUUGCAAAGGAAAAAAUAGCUGUUAAAAACUGGUGUGAGACCAUGGAGAGAUCUAACAAUUUCAAGACAUUUUAAAGGAUCCUGGGGGCAGGGGUGGAAUUCUGGUGUGUUUUCCUCACCAGAAAAAGAAUUCCAGAAAUUAUGUAAAAAAUGGAAAUAUAUAUAUAUAUAUAAGCAUACUAUCUUAUCAAACAUAAACUUUCCUUCUUUAAAAACACAAAAUGUAGUAUGUUUUAGAACAUAUUGGUACUGUUUAGUUUAUUUAUGAAAUUUAAAGUUAUAAACAUCUUUAUUUUAUUUAAACAAUAAUUGCAAAUCUAUCCAGGGUUAGAGUGCAGCAGUUUAAAAUUCCAUGUCGAAGGUACCUUGCCAAUGUUCACUUGGAAAAAUAA